AUGUCGACUGGCAACGAGGCAACGGAACGAAGCUCCCUCCUGGGCCGUGAUCUUCCGCGACCGAAUGGAGUUGUCCAGGACCAUCCAAUCUUUCUUCGUGUAUGCCACGCGCCAUGGGGCUUCAUCAACCAGACCACUCUUGUUGUCCUCAGGGGCCUGAUUCUGAUCUACCUCACCAUUCUUGCACCCAUGCUUCUUGACUACAAACUCUACAAGCGGCAAGACGGCGACUCUCCUUGGCGCAUUGCCUUCCAAUUUUCGACCAUUGCCUUCAUUCUGUUGUGGCUCUAUCACUUGCUCGCCUUUUGCUGGAGCUACACGCACCUCUAUUAUCCCGAUAUCGAUGAGGAGCACAACACAUGGGAGUCGGCUCUGCUUCGCAAAAUGUCACCGCCCGAACAAACAAUCACUUCGCGCAACCGACUUUACUUCAGUUUGUAUUACACAGUGUCCCACGUAUUUGCCUUUAUGAACACCUUCAUCUUCUGGGCCUUUGUAGUGCCGAAGGGUCACGGCGAGUUACCCAAAGAAAGGCAAAGGGGCAGCGGCGAUGAUGCAGGGAGCCUCGUGGGUAUGUUCCCAUUGAGUCUCGACAUUCUCCUUAAAAUUGCGCUAACGAGACUAGCCGGUGAUUUCUUUAGCCAUGGAUGCAUCAAACGCCAGAUCCCUGUGCACACCCACAUCAUUGGCUUGGUAGUCCUGCUGUGUGCCUACCUUGGCUGGGCUGCCUUUGGGAAGCUCUUCAUCGGCCGUGCUCCUUACUUCUGGCUGGACCCUGAGAUUGUUAGGUACAGAGAACUCAUGUUUGGAUACUGCGCCUUGUUCGUGGCUCUGGGACCUGCAUUCUUUGCUUUUAUGUAUGGCCUUAUUAGCCUGCGUGAAGAACUGGCAGAGAAAUACGGCAGCCCAAGCCAGGACGCCACCCCAGAUGGCUCGCAGCAGGGAGACCAGGAGUGA